AUGUGCUCGAAAAUACUGUAAAAAUUGGUAUAUGUACAAAUCAGUGGCAUUGCAUUAAUGGUAUUCACAUUCUUUAACGUAGAUUACUCGAUAAAAUCAGCACAUUUUUAAUCAUUUUUUUAUCUGAAAAUUUAUUUUAAAAUUCUGCUUCCUGACAAAUUUGCAAACAGUGAGUUGAUUAAUGGAAUGGUGGAGAGCUUUUUCAGUCAAUUCUGAUGAGUUCCAAUUUUUCAGAAGGCUUCUUAAACUUGAGAUCUCCUCCUUCAACAACUGUCAAAAUCUGGAGUGUAUAUUUUUUUUAAAUUGGGAACGACUUUCUCUACAAAUUUGUCGUCCAGAAUUUUUAAAUAAAUAUGGUUAAAGGUGUGCUGAUUUGGGUCAUCAAGUCCUACGUAAAAUUCAAAAUCCCUUAACUUUUCAAAUUUUAGCCCCAAUUAAAAAAUUCGAAAACAAUUCCUUACUCGAAUAAUUAAAAAUUGUUCGUAAAAAAAAUUAUGACACAAAUAUAUCUUUAAACUAUUAAUCGAUUUAUUCACUUGAAAAUUUUAAUUAUCGGUGUCCAUGUCACGCAAACAAAAGGGCUGCAUAAAUUGCCUCAUUGUGUGAUGUGAUAAAAUACCUAAAAAGAAUCAUUACAUCGUUGCAGACACAUUACAAUUAUUUCUAGUUACACAGCUCAAAACUUCGAAAAAGGUCACGUCCAAUUUUUUAUAAUUUGUUUUUCUAAAACUUAAAGCAUGUUGUUUGAUUUUUUUAGAAUUUGAUGUUACAUUUCUGAACUGAUUUACAACUCAAUUCUCAUUCAUUUCCGGAUCAAUUCGACACUGAAGUGCUACUUGGUCGCGACUUUUAUUAGAUAUUUAUUAAACAUACAAAUUUCAAGUUCGUUGUACCGUUUGGAGUAAUCAAUGCAAUGACGGUGAGUUUUUUCAGCCAGUUUCGUUGCGUUUUUAUUUUUCUAAAGGCGUCUUAAACUUAAGAUCUCUUCUUUUAAACCCUGUCAAAAUCAGGAGUGUACAUUUUGUUUUUAAUUGGCAACGAUUGUCCCAACAAAUUUCCAGAAUUUUAAAUUCCCAGAGCCGAGAAAUGAAUAGAAAAGUGGUAAUUUUUUCAUCCAAUCCUACGUUAAAAAUAUCCAAACCCACGCCACCCUUGAUUUUCUUGAAUUAUCCGUAAAAACCCGAUAUCAUUCCACAUUUCACAACGACUCAAAAAUAAACUUCGUGCAAACAUACACACAUUUUUGAAAUUAGUAGGACAAUACUUUCCACCAGGAAAAUUGUAUAUACUUUUUUUCCACAAAUUUAAAUAUUGAUGAGACCAUUUAUCUAGGUCGACACAGUCAACCGACCGCAAUUUCUCUUCUGUAAAAUAAAAUCCCGGUUGAAUGAGGAUUGCAAAAUUAUGAAAAUAUAUUGAACGUCUCGUACAUAUUUAGAUUUUAUUUUUCCACUAAUCAGACCAACUCGACGUGUCGCCUGAAAUGGAGAGUUGCGUGCCGAGCUGAAUCCACAAUUUCAUGAAUAAAUCUUGGCGAGUUUCAUGCAUAUUUUACUUUCCUUGCAAUCCAAAGCUUUGCCGCACAGCGGAAGUAAUUUCAUGCGGCAUAUGUACAUGCACAUGCUAAAUUAAAUAUUACCACCCAGUGUGCCUGGUCUGCUUCAAAUAACAAGGCCAGAUUUCACACCGUGUCAGUGUUCAAUGUCAGAAGCAAAGAUUUUAAUAUAAGCAAAAUCAAAACAAAAAAUAAACAAUAAACAAAAUCUAUUAAAUAAAAUACCACUAUUUUGUCCAGCAUACAUAGUUGACCUUUAAAAUGACCUUUAAUAAGCAUUUGAUCUGUUGGUUAGCAAUUUUGACCUUCUCGGUAGGACGAUCAUCUGCAGGGACGCUGGUCAAGCAGAAUGGGACUGAUUUCUUCAGCUCCAGAGCUAUCAAUUCUAGACCGUUUGUUGGAAAUCCACCAGGACAAGAUGGAAAUUUUGAUAGUUCUCCAUUUGUCCAGUCAAAGUGGACAAUUUGGGAUAAACCUCAAGACCAGUUGGCCGUGGAAGGAGGACAAAAUGUCAGAGGUACAUUAAGGGAAAGUAAAAACUACUACGGUACAAGACCCAUUAUGGGAUCGUCCUUAAACAAAGAAAUUCCGGCGAUGUCAUAUUCUUUCCCAAAUGGCAAUACCGGUUCGAGCCCAACCCAACGGCAAGAUUGUAACAGUAACACGCAAGUGACCGUCUUCCCAAUUAUUAUGGUCCUAAUUGCAGCCAUCGCGGGUUUAAUUACGGUCGCAAUUGUGUGGCUGAUUGCCAGAAAAUGGACUGAUUAUGGCUCCACAUCCUCCACAGGACAUCAAUACAGUGGUUACAACAAUGGUUACAACAAUGGACGAGGCAUUUCUCAAAAUUUGCCAGCAAUUUUGAAAAAUUUCGAUUUUGAUCAGUUGACCAAUCUUGUAAUUAAAGGGAUUGAGACUUAUCGCUCCAGCAUAGAAAAGAAGUCCGCCUAAAAAUGUUCACGUCAUACUUUUACCAUGCAUUAUCAUGACAUUGACGAAUAUUAUUUAAAUUAUUUACAUAUGCCUUUAUGAAAUUAUUUUUAAUAAAAACUUUUAACUAAACUAA